AUGCCGGACGAGCUGACGGAGCCCGGGCGCGCCACGCCGGCCCGCGCCUCCUCCUUUCUCAUCGAGAACCUGCUGGCGGCCGAGGCCAAGGGCGCGGGGCGCGCGGCCCAGGGCGGCGGCGGCCGCGAGGACGAGGAGGACGAGGACGAAGACCCGGAGGACGAGGACGCGGAGCGGGCGAGGCGGCGGCGACUCCAGCGGCGGCGGCAGCUGCGCGCGGGCUCCGGGCCGGGCGGGGAGGCGCGGGCGCGGGCUCUGCUGGGGCCUGGCGCGCUGGGCCUUGGUCCCCGGCCGCCCCCCGGCCCCGGGCCGCCCUACGCUCUGGGCUGCGGCGGCACGACGCGCUGGUACCCGCGGGCGCACAGCGGCUACGGAGGCGGCCUGAGUCCGGACACCAGCGACCGGGACUCACCCGAGACAGGCGAGGAGCUGGGCCGCGCUGAGGGCGCCUGGCAGCGGGGCCCCGGGCCGGGCGCCGUGCAGCGCGAGGCGGCGGAGCUGGCGGCGCGGGGCCCGGCGGCCGGCGCGGAGGAGGCGGCGGAGCUGGCGGAGGCCCCGGCGGCGGGGGACGCGCGCGCGGCGGCGGCCGGCGGCCGGAAGAAGAAGACGCGCACCGUCUUCUCGCGCAGCCAGGUCUUCCAGCUCGAGUCCACCUUCGACCUGAAGCGCUACCUGAGCAGCGCCGAGCGCGCCGGCCUGGCCGCCUCCCUGCAGCUCACCGAGACGCAGGUCAAGAUCUGGUUCCAGAACCGCCGCAACAAGUGGAAGCGGCAGCUGGCGGCCGAGCUGGAGGCGGCCAGCCUGUCCCCGCCCGGCGCGCAGCGGCUGGUGCGCGUGCCGGUGCUCUACCACGAGAGCCCGCCCGCCGCCGCCUCCGGGGCGCCCGCCGCGCUGCCCUUCCCGCUGGCGCCCGCCGCGCCCGCGCCGCCCCCGCCGCUGCUCGGCUUCUCCGGGGCGCUGGCCUACCCCCUGGCCGCCUUCCCCGCGGCCGCCUCCGUGCCCUUCCUGCGGGCGCAGAUGCCCGGCCUGGUGUGA